AUGGCCGAGGACGGCUCUGGUGGGGACUCUCAGCAGCAGCUGCUGCUGCCUCGGCUCUUCCUGGCCCCUCCAGCUGAAGUCUUGGGCGAGAUCCUAAGCAAGCAGUUUGGCCCCCUGCCUUUCAUGGCUCCCAUUACACGGAUGAAGAGGAAGCCAUCGGGCUACUAUUAUUCCACUGAGAACCGGGAGCAAGUCCUGGGCCGGAGACGGGCAGCUAAUGCCAAAGAGCGAGAGAGGAUCAGGAAUCUGAACAGCGGUUUCUCCAAACUGAAAUCAAUUGUCCCGUUGAUUCCAAAAGACCGGAAGCCGAGUAAAGUGGACAUGCUUAAAGCCACAGCUGAAUAUAUUCGCCUGUUGCGCUUGAUUCUGAAAGAAACCGGAGGGCUCGAGGGAGAAGAGGCUGCCAAGGGCCCACCUCCUGGGCCGGCUUCAGAGGUGGAGCCCCCCGAGAAGUGCCUACCAGGACCCGUCCCAUCCCAGCGGCCCAGCUGUUUCGUCAAGACCGAGAAUGGCCUGGAGGUGGUGUGGGCCAAUCAGGGGAUGCCAGGCCCCGCUGGCCCCUGGGGGGAGACCGUCCUGCCUGCUGCUUACAUGGGGAUCGCAGAGCUUCACAAGAGCGAGUGACGGAGACCCAUUUAUGAAUCAACAGAAGAUCUUUUCAUCACACGGAGCACUUUUGAAUACCCUCUUCUUCAUCAGCACUUCUUGGGUUUAAAAGUUAAUAAAAGAGCCACAC